AACGAUGGUAGAAGAAGCUCCAGCACCGGCCAGCUCGGCCCCCGCCAAGGCUCCUAAAAAGAAGACCGCGGCCAAACCCAAGAAAGCGGGUCCCAGCGUCGGCGAGCUGAUCGUCAAAGCUGUUUCCGCUUCCAAGGAGAGGAGCGGCGUGUCCCUGGCCGCCCUGAAGAAAGCUCUGUCUGCAGGUGGAUACGACGUGGAGAAGAACAACUCCCGCGUCAAACUCGCCGUCAAAAGCCUGGUGACCAAGGGCAUCCUGGUGCAGACCAAGGGCACCGGCGCCUCAGGCUCUUUCAAGCUCAACAAGAAGCAGACCGAGGCGAAGAAGCCCGCGGCCAAAAAAGCCGCCGCUCCUAAAGUGAAAAAAGCCGCAAAGAAACCCGCUGCUGCAAAGAAGCCCAAGAAGGUAACAGCCAAGAAGCCCGCCGCUAAGAAGUCCCCCAAGAAACCCGCUGCUGCCGCUAAGAAAGCCACCAAGAGCCCCAAGAAGGCUAAGAAGCCGGCGACCCCCAAGAAGGCAGCCAAGAGUCCUAAAAAAGCCAAGGCAGCCAAACCCAAGACCGCUAAGCCCAAAGCGGCCAAGGCCAAAAAAGCUGCACCCAAAAAGAAGUAA